AUGACUUUCCAUCUGGCACAGGUUUUGUCCGGACACGGAUUUUUCCGUGACUACUUGUGCCACAAUGGAUUCACGUCGUCCCCAGACUGCCAGUUGUGCGUCGGCGUCCCAGAGACGGCGGAGCACGCCUUCUUCGAGUGCCCACGCUUUGCGGCAGUUCGACAGGAGCUACUCGGCGAGGGAGGUCCGGACCCUGUCUGUCCGGACACCCUCCAGCGGCACUUGUUGCGCGACGCCGAUAGCUGGAGUCGUAUUUGCGAAGCCGCGAAGCGAAUAACGGCCCAACUGCAGCGAGCGUGGGACGAGGAGCGGGCAGCAUUGGCUGUUAACGUCAUCGAGCGUCAGGACGAAGACGCAGCAGAGCUGGAGGCCCAAAGCGCGGAA